AUGCGUGUUUCAGGUGGCUCUUUUGGCUACUGCUUGCUCAUGGUUUGCUUGCUUCAUGCAGAUUUCUGGGUCGGCAGAUGUGCUUCUGACGGGGAGUGUUCAGCUGAAGAGCUUCGAGCCCUUCUCCAGUUCAAAUCAGGUCUCAUCGACCCCGACAACCUUCUCUCGACAUGGCGAGGUCGUCACUGCUGCCAGUGGAGAGGCUUGAGCUGCGACAACCUUACUGACUCUGUUACUAGCAUCGAUCUCCACAAUCCAUACCCAGAUGUUGUUGAUCCUCCAAGAGAUGAGGUCUGGAACUUGAGUGGGAGAUUGGAUGCCUCCUUGCUCCGGCUCGAGUUCUUGAGUCGCUUGGAUUUGAGCUACAACAACUUCGACGGCCUUCGGAUACCGGACUUCUUGGGAUCCUUGAAGAAACUGAGAUACCUUAACCUGUCAAACGCAGGCUUUGCAGGUGCUGUUCCAUCAAGCUUGGGGAAUCUAUCGGAGCUGCAGCACCUUGAUCUUUCUUCACCUUUCCAACCAUUGUUUGCUCAUAGUUUGCAGUGGGCAACUGCUCUUACUUCGCUUCGGCACCUCGCAAUGCCCGGCGUUGACCUUUCACGGGUAGGAUCAGAAUGGGUUGAGGUGCUCAGCGGACUCUCUUUUCUCUCUCACUUGGAUUUGCGAUCAUGUGGUCUUUCAGGGAUUGCCUACUCUCUUCCUUCUGUCGACUUUGCAUCACUUUCUUUCGUUGAUCUUUCAUUAAACACCUUCAAUUCUAAGGUUCCCAACUGGUUCAGGAAUCUAAGCAGUCUGGUUCACCUGGACGUCAGUAGUGCCAGAUUGCAUGGCUUGAUUCCUAUUGAGCUCUCUGAGAUUCCAAGCUUGAGAUACUUGGACCUAUCCAUGAACGGUAAUCUUACUGUCGAUUGUUCCAAACUGCUAGCUGGGAGUUGGAGACGGAUCGAAGUUCUUGACUUGGCAUCCAAUCAGGUCUAUGGAAGACUUCCCGAUUCCGUUGGGAACAUCUCCUCUCUCGUGGAGCUCAACCUCUUCUCCAAUAACAUGGAAGGAGGCAUCCCAAGCUCCAUUGGCAAGCUCUGCAACUUGCAAGUGUUGUUCUUAGCCGGCAACAAUCUGACCUUGGGAUUGCCGGAGCAUCUCGAGAAGUCUGAUGGUUGCAUCUCUCGAUACCCUCUGCCUAAAUUAAGGUACUUGAACUUAGCAGUCAAUCAGCUAUCAGGCGUUUUACCUGAAUGGUUGGGUCAACUUCGAAAUCUAGAAUCCCUGGAUCUUAGUUCCAACCUGAUUCGAGGUCCAAUUCCUUCCUCUCUAGGGAAACUCCCACUUCUUACAGAUCUAAGUCUUGCGGGGAAUCGAUUGAAUGGAAGUCUUCCACCUUCCAUAGGACAGCUUACCAAAUUGGCUAACUUGGAUAUCUCCUCAAACCUCCUCACGGGGACUGUAACACGCAUGCAUCUCUCAAAGUUGAGAGAUCUGAAGCUCCUGGCGAUGGGAUUCAACUCUCUGGUCAUCAACAUGAGCUCUAGUUGGAAUCCUCCAUUUCAGCUUCGUAAACUAGUCUUGGGUUCAUGUCAGUUGGGUCCCCAGUUCCCCUCUUGGCUCAAAAACCGGAGAGAACUCAUGUACUUGGAUCUCUCCAACUCUGGCAUCUCUGGUAGGAUACCCAACUGGUUCUGGGACUUGAGUUCCAACCUCUCUCUGCUGAACAUCUCCUUCAAUCAGAUCGAAGGGCGCCUGCCGAGUCCACUAAACAUCGAUGCUUAUGCUGAUGUUGAUAUGAGAUCGAACCUGCUGAGUGGCCCCUUACCAGUUCUAUCUAACUUCGUCGAGCUACUUGACCUUUCCCAAAAUCGAUUCUUCGGUCCAAUCCUACACGACUUUGCCCAGCUGCAACCUUCACUGAUCUAUUUGUCUCUAUCCGGGAACAAUCUGUCAGGAGAGAUUCCUGCUUCGAUCGGUCGGAUUCAGGGCCUACUGGUCGUCGACCUUUCCGGGAACAAUCUUACUGGUGACAUCCCAACAAGCUUGGCGAAUUGCUCUAACCUCAAGGCUCUUGUCCUCGAGCACAAUUCUCUUACUGGAACCAUUCCAGCAGCUUUGGGAAGCCUGCAGCAGCUUCAGUCGGUGCACCUCAACGACAACAUGUUACAUGGAGUCAUCCCUUCAUCCAUGAAGACCAUGUCCAGUCUCCAAACUCUUGACCUUGGGAAUAAUAGGUUGCAAGGUGCUAUACCAGCAUGGAUCGGAGAAAGCUUCCCGGCUCUACGGAUUCUUCGAUUGAGAGGGAACAAGCUCUCAGGACGAAUCCCAGACCAGUUCUCAAACUUGAGCUCCUUGCAAGUGUUGGAUCUUGCAGGAAAUGAGCUGAAAGGAUCAAUUCCUCGCAGCAUUGGAGGCCUCAGAGCCAUGGCUCGACCAAAGGCCUCUCUAUACUUGUUCUACGGAUUCUAUAGAGGAAGUUAUUACGAAGAAAGCUUGUCCAUGGUGAUGAACAACAGACCAAUAAUGUUCACAAAGACUCUCACACUGGUUACGAGCAUCGAUCUGUCAGAUAAUAAUCUAUCAGACGAAGUUCCCCAAGAGCUGAUGACACUCUCAGGUUUGCUGGUUCUGAACCUCUCAAGAAACCAAUUCACAGGAAAGGUCUUGGAGCGGAUGGCCGACCUCCAUGAUCUGUUGUCCCUGGACUUGUCGAACAAUCACUUCUACGGGAGCAUUUCUUCUAGUUUGGCAUCCAUGAGCUUCUUGAGCUCUCUCAACUUGUCCAACAACAACUUCUCCGGCAGUAUACCCCAGGGAGGGCAGCUUGGAACUUUUGGUGCAUCGGCGUACUGGGGAAAUCCGUAUCUUUGCGGAAGACCGCUGAGUCCGUGUGAUGUACGAACUGGCGUUCAUGAUGAUGACGAUGAUGAGGUUGAGGAGGGUGCACUCGUAGACGGCUGGUUCUACUUGAGCGUCGGCUUGGGAUUUGCGGUCGGUCUGUUGGGAUUAUUUGCAGUGAUAUCGAUCAGGAGACCGUGGAGCAUUGCCUAUUUCAACUUUGUAGAUCGCGUCAUCGAUAGCAUUACAAAGGCUAAUUGA